CUGUCAGCUGUUCUAAAUACUAAACUCGGAUUGUUUUGGUUUUAUUUCAAAUACUUUUAUUUUUCUUUUAUACUGUAUAUAAAAAUAACAUGCAACAAAAUGUACACAUUACUACAUGGGUUCUAUAAAUAUGUUGUUCAAAAAGACGAGUAUUGUGUGUUAAUAUUAGGUCUCGAUAAUGCAGGGAAAACGACAUAUUUGGAGGCCGCUAAAACGAAAUUUACUAAAAAAUAUAUCGGUAUGAAUCCUAAUAGGAUAACUACAACAGUUGGACUUAAUAUAGGAAAGAUAGAUGUGGAUGGAAUAAGACUCAACUUUUGGGAUCUAGGUGGACAACAGGAACUACAAUCUUUGUGGGACAAAUAUUAUGCUGAAUGUCAUGCUGUGAUAUACAUUGUUGACUCAUCUGAUAGAGAAAGAGUGUCUGAGUCAAAAGAAACUUUUGACAGAAUGAUAGCAUCAGAACAUUUAACUGGUGUGCCACUGUUGGUGCUAGCUAAUAAACAAGAUAUUCCAGACUGUAUGGGUGUUCACACGGUGAAACCCAUAUUUAACCAAAACGCUCACCUCAUUGGAGCAAGAGACAUUAUGCUCAUGGCUACUUCAGCAUUGACUGGUGACGGUGUGGACGAAGGUAUUAGAUGGCUCGUCGAUUGUAUAAAGAGGAACAACGUAGAUCGACCGCCGCGAAACCACGAAGACAACCUAUAGUGAUUCGGUUACAAUAUACGAUCGCAAUGAAUAAUAAUUAGCUUUCCUAUUAAGAUAAUGAUGUGACGCGCCCAUUGUUUUGUACAGUAUUGAUAUUCGAAAAUAAAACAUUAAACAUG